UUUCAGGAACCGAGGGGAGCGAAGGAUGAGCGCGUUGGAUUGCGUCCGUCGUGUUUAUAAAGCGGACGGCCUGCGGGGCUUCUACAGGGGAAUGUCUGCGUCCUACGCCGGCAUCUCAGAGACUGUGAUCCACUUUGUUAUCUAUGAAAACAUUAAGCGGCGCCUCCUGGUGGCCAAAACGCCACAGAACAUGGAGGAGGAAGAGGACGCAUCAAAAGACGCUUGGGACUUUUUCGGGAUGAUGCUCGCCGCCGCCACUUCUAAGACUUGUGCCACAUCUAUUGCUUAUCCUCAUGAGGUAAUUCGCACCAGGCUACGAGAGGAGGGCACCAAGUAUUGCUCCUUUUUCCAGACUCUAACCACAGUUCCCAGAGAGGAGGGCUACCGGGCCCUGUACCGCGGCCUCACCACCCACCUGGUACGCCAGAUCCCCAACACCGCCAUCAUGAUGUGCACCUAUGAGCUGGUGGUCUACCUCCUGAACGGUUAAAAGCCUACCGCCGAUCAGAGGAGAGAAGAACACGGGAUUACCCGCACACCAGUUAGCACCGCUAACAAUCCGCUGGAUGGGAAUGGGAAGAGACGGCGCCUCAGGCUCAUUAGCAAGGCCAAAGGAAUCGGCAGGAGGAAGCUCCUCUUCAUCAUGGAUCAGUUUGCAUUUCUGUUCUGCCCUUUUUUUUUUUCUCUGCUAAUUCAGUUUAGAGUUCAGGAGGAAGAAUCGGGUUUACGUACGAGUCGUUGGGAUCUCCUGUAAAGGCGUCCUAACGAGUCUUUUAUCGCGUUAGCGUAUCCUAACACUGAAACCAUGGAAAAAACCUUUGUUUUUACUACAGUUACUCAUCAGCAUUCAGGAUUAUUUUUAAAUAAAAACCACAUGUGGCACAGUUAUUGGUAAUGAUUUACGCAAACCCCCCAACAAAAAAAAUAAAAAUAAAAAUCUCGGAUCCUAUGGAGGCGAAACAAGCUCACGACAUCAUAGAUCCUCUUUCAUGCUUUUACAAAAUUCCUCUUUUAUUUCAUACCGAACUGAAAUGACUGUUUUAGGGUAUGGAGUGAGUUUUGUCCCAUUAUUGUUUUUCUGUGGGGGGGGUAGCCUCGUAAGACCAUCCUGAUCAAGGUUUCACUCGCAGAUCAGUCUGGAGACUCUCCGUUAAAGAAAAUUUGGAGCCGUUCACCAAACGAACGUCCAAUCAGCGUUGGCUUUGAGGCGGGUUG